AUGCCCAAGCUGCUUGGGCUCCAGGAUGUUGCUGAGAAUCUUCUGGGUGGUGAGCUUAACAAUAUCGGCGCCGUGCUCACCUUGGCGAGGUGGUUGCGACCAAUAUUUGACACAUCCGAGUUCUUUCUCGAGGAACACGACGGGGAGCCUGACACCUACGGCGUCCGGGCAACAAUGAAUGAACGUUCCUUCCAUAACGCGACCAAGCCUCGCCGCCGAGUCCAACUAGAGGGACGAUCCUCAGGUCAACGCCUAUUGCACGGCGAACAAAUAUCCCCGUACCGCCCCUCCCUAAUCGCGACCUCAUUGCGCUCCGCUCAGCAUGUGCGCGCGUCGCCUAUAUGUCUGGAGCUGGAGAUAGAACUUCUGGCAGAUGUGGAAUACAGCGCCUUUGUUGAAUUCGUCACUGCUUCAUGCGCAGAUCAAUUCGUCUUAGAUAUGGGCCAUAUAGUCCGGGUUUCUCUCGGUGGGCCUGUACACGCGCCUACUGAGAGUAAGUACCGCUCCGACCUCCACAGAAAUCUGCUACCGACCAAUCUCCUCCUCACCGACUCCGUUGUCGGAGCACGGAAGACGCGACAUGCGACUAUCCGGCGGGUUCACGAACGCACGAGUCGGGAGCUGUGA